AUGAUGAGCAAACAAGAGUUCUGCAAUUCCAACCUCGCCCUAAAUUUUACUGCACGUGACCCGUUCGUAACCUCCGUUUCGGCGGAUGCGUUUCGUUCGGCUUCCGGUGGUAAAAAUAGAUGGGCGAAAUGCGGAUAUAUUCUAUCUACACUUGAUCUGACUUUGCUUACGCGUCUCGUUUUUUUUUACUCCGCCUUUUUUGGUUUCCACCGUUUCUGUGGGCAUGUGCUAAUUUGUGGGUUAGGUAUGAUAGCUAUAUAGGACGAGGAUGAGGAGGAGGAGGAAAGGGAGGGUUUGCAAGGUGCCGGUUGUUACACAGGUCGUGGGUUUGUCGUGUACCGAUGGUAUGAUGAUGAUAGGUUGGAUAGUUGGAGAGAAGGGGGGGGAUGUGGAUUGUCGUCUGUUUACCCAGGGUAGGUAUGUAGGUAUACUGUGCUGUAUCAUGUGUGCGGUGGGGUGAGUUCUGGUGAUUUGUGGAGGCAUGGGCUAUUAAGUCUACUGAUGCUUGGAGGUGGAUGUCCGGCGUCUGGCUCCUGAACCGCACGUGUGCCCGAAUCCGGUGCUUUAUAGUCUGCAUACGUAGAACGGUUAUUAUAGACCCAAGAAUAGCGAGCAAUCGACCUCAUCUACUCAUUGCGCAUCACUAUUUAUCAAUCCGAUCACGAACAUAACUCUAUACUAG